AUGUUCAAUGCCUUCAAGAAUAUACCUGGAAUUGUCUCGCCCAAAGAGGCGAAUGACGGCAGUAAAUACGGGGUCGUCUGGGCGCCUAACUCGAUCGAUCCAGCAACAGAGAAACGCUCGUACUCCAAGACGGGCCACUACGACAACGGUCCCGGACGACGCGACAACUUCCAUCUUCUACCUGGCUACCGGGUCGUCCAAGUCACCGGCGGCUUCUCCGACACGGACGGGUCCUGGGUCGCCGACGGCGUGCGGUACAAGCCUCGCGGCAUCUCCAACACCGUCUCGGCCGUCAAGGCACGCAAGGAAGUCGUCGUCUCCGCGGGCACUUUCCACACACCACAGCUUCUGGAGCGUAGCGGCAUAGGGUCCGAAGACAUUCUCCAAGCCGCGGGCGUGCCGGUCAACGUGGCGCUGCCUGGCGUCGGAUUCAACUUCCAGAGCCACACGUCCUUUAGCUUCGCGCACAGCUUUGGCGUGUCUGUGUUCCCGACGCAAGCCGACCUCGCCAGCAACAGCACGUUCGCGAUGGAGGCGCAGAGGCUGUGGGACAAUGGGAAGAAGGGCCCGUACACGGCGUAUGUCAACAGCGGUGUGUGGUUGCCGUUCCCUGUCUUUUCGAACCAGACAGAGGCCCUCGUUCGCAAGAUCCGAGCCCAAGGCCCUGAUGAGUAUCUCCCCCGUGGUCUGGACCCUACGCUCGUUGCAGGCUAUGUGAUUCAGAAAGAGGUACUGAUCCAGCAACUGCGGUCACACGAGUCAGCCUGGCUUGAGUCGCUCUUCUCCGGGCAGACGGCCGGCGGCGCCAUACUGCAGCACAUCUUCUCGCGUGGCACGGUGCACAUCUCUCCGGACGACGACGGCCUGGACACGGAUCCCAUAAUCGACUACCGCGCCUUCAGCAACCCGGUUGACUUGGAUUUGAACAUCGAGCUGCUCCAGGGCGUCCGCUGGUACAUGGGCCACGAGGCAAUGGUGGCCGCGCUCCAGCCGCGGGAGACGAGUCCACGGAUCUACGACGAUGCUGGGAUGCGGUCGUGGAUGCGCAGGUCUAUCAACCCAGACGUAGCGCACCAGGUUGGCACGGCGGCGCUGGGGCCUAAGGAGCUGGGCGGCGUAGUCGGGCCAGAUCUGCAGGUUCAUGGGACGAGAAGGCUGAGCGUGGCGGACAACUCGAUCGUGCCGAUGGUGCCUGGGUCCCAUACUAGCGCUUUGGCCUAUGCUGUUGGGGAAAAGGCUGCCGAUUUGAUUCUACGCCGGGCUUGA